UGACGGAGAAGCCAGAAGAAAGCAUUGACUGGUUGCAUCCUUCAGUGGCAUAGAUUUUGUACCCGUGCACUAGCCAUAGUGAGGCACUGGCCUUUGGUGGCACAGCCUCCCACGCAGCGACCUUAUCUAUAAGCACUGCAGCCUGGUGUCCAGCCUCAGGAUGACUGUCCCGGAGACCUCCAAGUUGGUGGAUGAGGAGCUAUACUCACGGCAGCUGUAUGUGCUGGACUUGCCGGCCAUGCAGAAGAUUCAGGGAGCCAAGGUCCUGCUUUCAGGCCUUCAGGGCCUGGGGGCUGAGGUGGCCAAAAACCUGGUCCUCAUGGGUGUGGGCAGCCUCACUCUGCAUGAUCCCCACCCUACCUGUUGGUCUGACCUGGCAGCCCAGUUUUUUCUUUCAGAGCAGGACUUGGAAAGAAGCAGGGCUGAGGCAUCUCAAGAACUUGUGGCUAAGCUCAACAGAGCCGUCCAGGUUUGCAUCCACACGGGUGACAUCACCAAGGAGCUGCUGCUGGACUUCCAGGUACCCUCCCUGCACCACUCUCCAGGUGGUGGUGCUGACUACCUCGAAGCUGGAGGAGCAGCUGAAGGUGGGCACUUUAUGCCACAAGCUCGGAGUCUGCUUUCUGGUGGCCGAUACCCGGGGCCUUGUGGGGCAGCUGUUCUGUGACUUUGGUGAGGACUUCACUGUGCAGGACCCUACAGAAGCAGAACCCCUGACAGCUGCUAUCCAGCACAUCUCCCAGGGCUCCCCUGGAAUUCUUACUCUGAAAACAGAGGCCCAAAACUUCUGCGAUGUGGAUUUAGUGACUUUCUCGGGCAUUGAGGGCAUGGUGGAGCUCAAUGGCUGUGAUCCCCGGCCUAUCCACGUGCGGGGUAAGCCAACCCUCUCCACCACCAGGCUCAGCACCCAAGCCCCAAUAGGAGGCACACACAGCCUGGUUCUGGUCCUUGGGGAUAGGUUCUCCCUUUACCUUUUUCAGCAUGGAGCAAGGUCAAGGACACAGAUGCAAGACAGGAUAGAGUAUAACGAACUACUCAGGGUCAGAAGUCAUACUGAUGAGGCUGGAUCUCCCCUAGAGGACGGAACCUUGGAGAUUGGGGACACAGCAAACUUCUCCUGUUACUUGAGUGGUGGGAUUGUCACUGAGGUCAAGAGGCCCAAGACUGUGAGUCAUAAACCCCUGGAUGUAGCUCUGCUCCAGCCCCAUGUGGUGGCUGGGGAAGCUUACCACGCCCGCUGUCUACAUCAGGCCUUCCGUGCCUUGCACCAAUUCCAGCACCUCCAUGGCCGCCUGCCCCAGCCCUGGGAUCCUGUUGAUGCAGCGAUGGUGGUGGGCCUGGCCCGGUCCCUGGAACCACUGAAGGGGACAGGAGGAGAGCCGCUGGAAGAGCCUCUGGAUGAGGCUCUAGUGCAGACAGUCGCCCUGAGUAGUGCUGGUAGCUUGAGCCCCAUGGCAGCCAUCAUGGGUGCGGUGGCUGCCCAGGAAGUGCUGAAGGCAAUCUCUGGGAAGUUCAUGCCCCUGGACCAGUGGCUUUACUUUGAUGCCCUCGAUUGCCUUCCAGAAGAUGGGGAGCACCUUCCCAAACCAGAGGACUGUGCCCCGAGACACUGCCGCUAUGAUGGGCAAAUUGCAGUGUUUGGGGCUGGUUUUCAGGAGAAGUUGAGCCGCCAGCACUACCUCCUGGUGGGUGCUGGAGCUAUCGGCUGUGAGCUGCUCAAAGGUUUUGCCCUAGUGGGCCUUGGGGCUGGCACCAGUGGGGGAGUGACUGUUGCCGACAUGGACCACAUAGAACGCUCUAAUCUCAGCCGUCAAUUCCUCUUCAGCACAGUGGACAUUGGUAGGCCCAAGGCAGAGGUAGCUGCAGAAGCUGCUCGCCGCCUGAAUUCAGACUUGCAGGUGACCGCACUCACCUACCCACUGGAUCCCACUACGGAGCACAUCUAUGGGAACAACUUCUUUUCUCGUGUGGAUGGUGUGGCUGCUGCCCUGGACAGUUUCCAAGCCCGGCACUAUGUGGCUGCUCGCUGCACCCACUAUCUGAAGCCGCUGCUGGAGGCAGGGACACAGGGUACCUCAGGAGAUGCUUCAGUGUUCGUGCCAUGGGUGACUGAGACCUACAGAGCCCCUGCCUCAGCCUUAGCCUCUGAGAAUGCCACUUACCCUGUCUGUACCCUGCGGCACUUCCCCAGCACAGUUGAGCACACCGUGCAGUGGGCCCGGGAUGAGUUUGAGGGGCUCUUCUGUCUGUCUGCAGAGACCAUCAACCAUCACCAACAGGCACCUACUUCUCUGGCAGAACCAGAUGGGCUAAAGGUGCUGACCCUGCUGCAGGAGGCGCUGGGUGUCCUGAGAGAGCGUCCACAGACCUGGCAAGACUGUGUGGUGUGGGCUCUUGGCCACUGGCAACUAUGCUUCCAUAAUAGCAUCAUCCAGCUGCUGAAUCGUUUCCCACCUGAUAAAGUGCUCGAGGAUGGAACUCUUUUCUGGUCAGGUUCCAAACAGUGCCCCAAGCCCUUGGAGUUUGACGCCAGCCAAGACACACACCUCCUCUAUGUGCUGGCGGCCGCUAACUUAUAUGCCCAGAUGCAUGGACUGCCUGGCUCACGGGACCAGACUGCACUCAGGGAACUACUGAAGUCGCUGCUCCUGCCUGUCCCCCAGCACCUGGCCCCCAUCUUUCCUAAUGACCUGGAGCUAUCUCGGGCUUCUGCUGAGUUUGGCCCUGAGCAAUUGAAGAAACUGCACAAAGUCCUGGAAGUCUGGAGCGGGAGCCCUCCCCUCAAGCCCCUGAAGUUUGAGAAGGACAAUGAUAGUAACUUCCAUGUGGACUUUGUGGCAGCAGCGGCAAGCCUGCGAGCUCAGAACUAUGGGAUCCCUCCUGCCAACCGUGCCCAGAGCAAGCGAAUUGUGGGCCAGAUUAUUCCAGCCAUUGCCACCACUACAGCAGCUGUGGCUGGCCUGCUGGGCCUGGAGCUGUAUAAGGUAGUGGGCGGGCCACGGCCCCUCAGUGCCUUUCGCCACAGCCGCCUGCAUCUGGCUGAAAACCGCUUUAACCGCUGGGUGCCUUGCGCCCCAGCCAUCCAGAAGUGCCAUCACCUGACAUGGACCUGGACCUGUUGGGACUGUCUGAAGGUGCCUGCUGGGCAGCCAGAAAGGACCCUGAAGUCGCUGCUGGCCCAUCUCCAGGAACGCUAUGGGAUGAGGGUGAAGAUGCUGCUUCACGGCAAGGCCCUGCUCUACUCAGCAGGGUGGUCGCCUGAAAAGCAGGCCCAGCACCUGGCCCUUAGGGUGACCAAACUGGUGCAGCAGGUGACAAGCCAGAUGAUUGAGCCUGAGCAGCGAGUGCUGGUGCUGGAGCUCAGCUGUGAGGGUGAGGAGGAGGACACUACCUUCCCACCCUUGCACUAUGAGCUGUGACAAGGCCCAUCAGCCCUGUAUCCUGAGCCCACAGUAGGCACUCAAUAAACACUUGUUGAAGGAA